AAGAUGUAAGAAUAAUGAAACUUGCCAUCACAAUGUUAAGAAAACCCUCUUACUACCUCGAAGCCACAAGCAAGCAGGACAAUUUACGUACGCAGGGCCUGAAGACCCUAAAUUCAAUCCUUCCGAGACCCAUCUAACAGGAGCUUGAUGGCCCAGACACUUUAUGAUAGCUCCCCAACAUGGCCAUUGCAUCAAUAUAACUAUCAUGAGAGUAAUCCAGAGCUUUCAUCCCACAUCCCUGAUGCAAUGAAGUCAGUUUCAGCUAACAGAGAGCAAGUGGACUACACCAUGAGUCACAAGAAAGGUUCUCCAAAGAAGAGGUUGUCACGGUUGGAAUUGCUCCGAAGUGAUUACAGCAAGAAACUUCAAAUUGAGAGAGAAGAGAAGAUUCGUAGACUGCAAAUUAUUCAACAGGAGAAUGGUCACAAUCAGGGUAGCAGUAAUGGCGGAAUGGUACGUGGAUUUUUUGCAGAGAGAAGAGCACUGGAGGCUACAAGAAAAGGGCAGAAAAAUCCUGAACUUCUUCCCCCUAUUGAGUCACAUUUCAGAAUGGUGAGAGAUAAAAAACAGGAGCCAUUUCCUGAACACACAGUUAGAAGUAGACAAAAUUCAAAAACAAAUCUGACACAUGGUAAGCCAUUCAGUGUGAAACAGGAACCAUUUCCAUCACAAAAACCAUUGCCAACAAAAUACUCAUCAAGGACUCAAACAAAGACAGUUGGUGUCACUGUGCGCAAGAGAACAAAAGGUGUUGAUAAACAAGAUCCUCUUCCUCCAGUGAACAAGGGUCAGUCUGAAGUAACAAGGAGAAAACCACCAACUCCAAAUAAAAGAUAUGAAACACAUUCUGUUUUGAAACAGGAUGAUGUGGAGGCUUUUGAGUAUUCUGGCCCAUCUAAUUUGCCAAUACCUCCUAUUGAGAGACGACCAAAGCGUUCAAAGGUUCCCUUGCCUCCCCCAAGUGCAGAAGACUUAGUAAGUGAUUUUGAUGAUGCACAAAGCACCCUUACUGAUUAUAGCAACAUAGCUCCAAAUCUGAGCAAACUAAAAGCGAAGGCACUGAAACAAAGACAACUAAGCAAGCAACAGUUAAUUGACACAAAUAAAACUCAGGAAAAUGCCAAAUUAACCGACUUUCAAAAAUGGCAAAUGGAACAGGAUCAAGAACGAAUAGAAAGGCUAGAAAAACACAAGCAGAAAUCAGAGUUGUCUCUCUCCCAGAGGGAAAAUGAACUACUCAAAAAAAUACAGGAAGAACAACUUAGGCUUGAAAAAUUAAAGUUGCAGAGGGAAGAACUGGUAGAACAAGAGAUACGACAAAAAGAGGAGGAUGAAAAAUGGUUAGCUGAAAAGCAGAGCUUAGAGGAGCAGGCAAUCAUUCCUCAGCAAACUUUGGCCAAAGAUUCUAAUCAGACCAAAAAGGUAGCCUUAAAAAAGGCUUCAACAUUGCCCAAGGUACCACGAAAGGUGAAAACUCCCCCUCAACAACUCCAGGGAGAAGAACUUGACACAACUGAAAAAAUUCAUGACAAUGCUUACAGAGAUUUUUAUGAGCAUCAAACACAAGAUGUUGCUGAGGUUUCCGUGGAUGUUUCUCCUUGUUCAAUUUGUGGGCGCAAGUUUGCUGUAGACAGGUUGGCCAAGCAUGUAAAAAUUUGUGCAAAAAGUUCAAAGUCCAAACGCAAAGUUUUUGACACAAGAAAGCAUCGCAGUGAGGGUACUGAACAUGAAAAAUAUGUUCAGAGUGGAAAAUAUCUUGAGGAGCCCAAGGCAAAGCCCAAGGUGGACUGGAGAGCUCAACAUGAAAAUUUCAUCAAAGCAAUCCGCUAUGCUAAGGGAGCAAGCGACACACCUCCUCCACCUGCAGAAAACCCAGACUAUGUAAAGUGCCCACACUGUGAGAGAAAGUUUAAUGCUGCUGCUGCAGAGAGACACAUACCAAAAUGCAAGGAUAUUAAAGCCAAACCUGCUCUUUUAAAAAGGAAGAAACGAUAAAAUCAGCAUUGAUAUUUAUGAGUUCAAGUUUUAAAGAAUGUAGAGUGUGUUUUUCUGGGGUUGACUUAAAACCAUAUUGUGAAAUGCUUUUGAAUGAAGUGCUUCUACGGGACGACCAAGAUUUUUUAAACUCUGUUUGUGAUAUCAGUAUAAUAAUAAUAGUGUGUUACAAUACAAAAUUUUGAAAUGAAGUCGAUGUAAUGAUUAUGAAGUUAACCCUCUCAUUCCCAAAGUCUCUUUGAUGUUAGUUCUAAGAAUUUGGUAGUGGAUCAACUCAUAACCCCCUAAUUGAUGUUUUCCUUUAAUCUCAUCACCUUUAUGCUUGAUAUUGUAUGGAUAUUGUAUGGAGAAAUUCUGUCUCGGUCACUUAAAGAAAUUAAGAGGUUAAGAAUAUCAAACUAUCCAUGUUGCCUUCUUUUGACAGUGUUCUUGGUAUUACUGAAACAAAGCUUUCUAGAGUAUUUAGCUUCCAAUGAAAGUACUUCACCUGAAAUAGAUUCACAUUUAAGUGAUUUUGGACAGAAAGAGCAAUAAGGAAAUACAAGCAGUAAAUAAUUUAAUACUGGUGGAAAAAUUUUCCCUUGCCACAACCUGGGGACGUCUUUGGAGGAAAUUUGGGAGGAGGGUGAACUGAACAUCACCUGUGCAACCUCACUGGUGGUCAUUACCAGAGUGGAGUGAAACCACAGUAAUUAAAAACACAUUUUUAUUAAAGUUUGAGGCAAACAAACCACACACUUGCCUUGAACUAUGUGUUGUAUAAAGUUCUACAACGCUUGUCUCUGUCUGAAUAAAUACUCUUUCUAAGUUUCAAACUCUCUCACAUAUUUGCUGACAAACUCUUUCAUAAUUAUAAAAUACAUAUGUACAAACAUCUGUAUAAAUAUACUUAACUAGAUAAAUAUUUAGUGUACAGUUAAACAAACUACCCGUUGAAUGACAAAGCUCAGUCUCAAAACCGAUUAUGGCUUUUUCACAACACACACAAGUUUGAACAGCUAUCACAGGAAAAUACACAAAUAAAAUCAUCACUAGGAAUGUUUUGGUUGAGGUUCAUUUUAAAUCACAGUUAAACCAUACCUUUUCAUAGGUUUGGAUACAUUUUGUUUAAUAUUGUGUCUGAAAUCAAGGGGCAAAGAAUUUGAAUCAAGAAUAGAACGAAAAAGAAAAUGCAAUCACAGAAAAAAGAAAAACUGCAAGUUAGAAAAAUGCAUAAUUUGCCAAAAAAAAAAAAAACCCAGUUGCAUAAAGAUAUGCUAAGGAUGUUGA